AUGGUCGUGGUGGCAUGGAUACGAAUGGAUUUUCUGGCAACGCUUCUUCUUAUUUGGUUAAUGGUCUUUGUAUUCAGCUCUCGUGUAACUUCUCGUUGCUUAUGGCCUAUAUUCCUUCUUUAUCUUGCCGUCCUAUUUCCCUUACAGUAUGCUUUCUAUGUUGGCUUGCCACCAUCUCUCUGUUUCGAUUAUCCGUGGAGUAGAUGGUUAUCGAAUCCACUACAAAAUGAUAAUUUGGUAUUUUGGUUGGAUUUAGCUAGUUAUAACUUUGAUUUAGAUACAGGAAAGUCGGUGGCCGACUUCCUUCUGCUCUUGAUGGUUGCUUGUCAGGAAUACGCUUUCCGAAGUGAAUGUAGUUCACCAGCAGGUGACAAUAAAUCCAUUUACACUAACAGCUAUGUUCUGAAACAGGACAAUCCAACAUAUGAUUUCAUUGCCGAACAGCAGAGCUGUGUUGAUUUCUUGAAAAUAAUUGUCUUCAUGUACGGACACUGGAUAACUAUUAUAAUGGUGUUAGUAGCUGGUCUGGGUGGUGUAUCUUUAUUCGCCCUUGGUUACAUUAUUUUGGCGUUUUGGAUACUUUGGCAGGGAACAAGUUUAUAUGUUGUACCGGAUUAUCGCAAAGCCCUCAAACGGUGGAAUUUACUUCUAUACUAUACAGUAUUUGUCAUGUUUUGUAAAGUUGCCUUACAGAUUUUCGCGUGUGCUUUUGUCCAUGUGCUAAUAGAAACAGAUCUAUGUUGUAUUCGCCAGUUAUUUAGCAUUGUUUGUGUAAGCAUAAUUCCUGGCAGAAUUAGCAACCAUUACUUAUCCAGAGAACAACAAGAAUUCGACAGAGAAUGUGCUGUGCAAAAGUCGGAAACACAAAUAGGCUUUGACACAUUUGCGUUCGGCUUAUUAGUGUUACAGCUCCGGAUCUUUAAUUCAUGGUAUUUCCAACACUGUGUGGUUGAGUACCGAUCUGAAGCCGUUCUAAUGAAUCGUGGAGCGGUUCUUCAAGACCAGCUCAUUGAGAGAGAAAUGAUAGAACAGAACAAGCAGCAAGAGAAGAAAUUUAGAAAUAUUAAAAUGCGUGCGGACCAAAUUCGAAAAGACUACGAAAAACGUCUAAAUAAAGCUGGCGCUUUCGUACCACAAACAUAUGGCCAAGCUAAAAGAGCCGGUGACUAUUAUAUGUUCGAAUAUGAUCCAUCAGAAGAUGCAUUAGAUGAAUCAGUGGAAACGUUUGUUCCAGAAGUGACACCUGGAGCUAGUGAUUUUAACAAACUAGAUCCUGCUCAGCUGAUGCACACAGCUGUGCAACAUGAUCUUGAUUUGGCUGAAACUUUGGAUGCUGUUAAUUUGGCCGAGCAAAUUGAAACUGAUGAAGAAAAGCGUAUGAUCAAAGCUGUUUCGGAUGAAAUGAAAUCACUCCAACAAGAGGCAACAGUGCCAGAAUUAUCAAUUAGUGAAGAACCGAAGGCUGAAGGACAAAUUGUAGCAGGCUUGCGUUUUCUACAGAAAAUCUUUACUUCUACCCUCGGUUGGUUUGCUGCUUUUCUAAACCGUAGAUCUCGUGAACAUCGAUAUGUUGCUUAUGUCCUUGGGAAAGAAAAAGAGAAGCUAAAAGAGAGGCUGAAACAGCCACUGAUGGAUGCUUCUAAAUCAGUGCUUGAUGUUCGACAGGAAUUUAAUCAACAAAAUCUGCGUUGUGUUACGAGCGAAAGGGACAUUGAACGAUUGGAAAAUGAAGUGGAAAAUUGCUGGCAACAACGGAAUGUGUUUUUGCGCUUCAUAAGUUCAGCUGGACAUUGCAUUGCCGCUCAUACUGAUGUCAUUUGUUACCUUCUUGCUAUAAUCAACCAUGCUCGAUGCGCUGGCGUGAUUUCAUUACCACUACCACUUCUCAUUUUCUUCUGGGGUUCCUUAACAAACCCUCGCCCAACAGAAACAUUUUGGAUUGUAAUGAUAACUUAUACAGAAUUGGUGGUGGUAAUUAAAUUUAUUGCGCAAUUUGGUUUCUUCUCAUUUAACAGUACAGCGAAUAUUAUUAAAGCUGCUAACUCCGUUGAUUACAUACCCGGGAUUUUGGGCAUUCGAAAAGCGGAUUAUUAUGCUUUUUGGGAUAUCGCCUUACUUGUUGUUUCAGCUCUCUUUUUCCACCGAUAUAUGCUUCGAAGAUUGGGUUUGUGGAAAAGAACGGAUGAUAUGUUUAAAGCAUCCGUUCCGCUCGUACAAAUAAGCAAUUCUCCUAAUGCGAAUUUGUCGGAUAUAUCGCAAAUUAAUGCUAAUUUGGACGCUACAUCAAUGACAAGAAAAACUCCAACACACGUUAAAGGCAUCAAGCAUUUCUUCAAUAUGCUUUUCAAUCCACCAGUUCGAUACAUAAAAGAUUUGUAUCCAUUUAUGUUCUUAAUGGAUGUAUUGUGUUUCUUUGUAGUAUCAUUUGGUUUUUCCUCAUUCGACUACGGCGGUAGUGGAAGCGUCUCGAAUCGUGUUCCAGUAACAUUUGUAAUAAUGCUUAUUAUAAUAUCAUUAAUGAUUAUCAUCGACCGAGCUUUCUAUCUUCGAAAAGCUGUAAAAUGCAAAUUUUUAUACCAAUUAAUCAUUGUCAUUUUCCUCCAUAUCUGGAUUUUUUUCGUUUUGCCGCAGAUAACUUACAAGCCUUCUUGGCUAAACAAAACUGCACAAUUUCUCUACUUCAUUAAGUGCAUAUACCUUUUAAUUUCCGCUUGGCAAAUUCGUAAUGGAUACCCGACACUAUGUGCGGGCAAUCUUAUAACACACGCCUACGGCAUUGCAAAUAUGAUAUUUUUCAAACUAUUUAUGGCCAUUCCAUUUUUGUUCGAAUUACGGACGGCCACUGAUUGGACUUGGGCUGAUACCUCUAUGCCGCUCUUUGAUUUCUUCAACAUGGAAAACUUUUAUGCAAUUAUUUACAAUCUAAAAUGUGCUAGAACAUAUGAGAAGAACUUUCCAACUCCGAGAGGUGUGGCCAAAGGUGCUGUAAUCAAGUACUUGAUGGGCGUACCAGUGAUUUUGGGUCUUAUUCUUUUUAUUUGGCUGCCUCUGCUUUCGUUUUCGCUGCUCAACAGGAUUGGUAUUGUAUUGCCACCGAAUAAUGUUAUGUUGACCAUUGGGGUUGAAGGCUAUCCCUCCAUGUUCAUCAUUCAGUCUCAGGGUAUCGAACUGGAAUAUCUAACUGAUUCUGAAUAUCUCAAAUUACAAAAUGCUUUCGCAGAACAUUACACUUCCUCGAAUACAGAUUCAAUAUUAAAAGCUCGGCAAGCUGUUGCAUUUAUCAAGGAAUACAAUCGGGAAAGCAUAAUGAAAGUGCUUUUCCGUCCUGAAUCAUACGUGCCAUGGCUCAUUUCAAGCAAUGCAUUGGUUGCUAUGAAGUAUGAACUCAAAGAAGGAACGAAAAGACUUAAUGCUGUCAUCAAGUUAAUGUUCGAACGUUCUAACAGCCGGCAUGCUGAUUAUCCCACACAACAUUUCUAUACAUUAACCAUUCCACUACCAGCAAAUUCCACUAUACGAACAGAAUUAACUGAAAUUAUAGAUGGUCAAUACAAUCGUAGUCUGUUGUUGGAAUAUGCUUGGCCACCAUAUAUUAUUAUGCCCAAUGAAGGAAAUAUGAAGCCGGCUUCUUCUUUACUUCAUGUGAUGAGUAAAUCAAAUCCCAAGCUGUGGGAAUCAUUUUCCAAUGUAUCCAUGAAACUAAAAACCGCUCGCACUACGGAAAGGAAGACGUGGAGUGCAGCACUGAUUCAGAACAACGAAACCGCUAUGCUUACGCUGCCACUCGAAAACAUCAAAUACGAAAGUCGCUCAGAAAAGUAUCUGCAAAUGGUUGUAUUCGUAGAUCGUGUUUUCCCAUCAUUUGUCAGCAAAUAUGUCCAAGGAGGUAUUAUCGCAAUGUACCUAGCUGUAGUUAUGUUAGUGGGACGUAUGAUACGUGGUUUUGUUACGAAUGCUGGUAUGGAAGUCAUGGUUUCUGAAAUUCCAAAUCCAGAUCAUUUACUUAAAAUAUGUCUUGAUAUAUAUUUGGUUCGCGAAGUUAAAGAUUUCGUUUUGGAACAGGAUUUGUAUGGCAAAUUGAUCUUUCUGUUCCGAUCGCCUGAAAACCUUAUCAAAUGGACGCGAAAUAAAGUCAAAGCUGAUUAA